AAUCCACCCACCACCAAAAACCAAAACCCCAAUCCCAAAUCUCAUCUCCACCGUUGAGAAAAAUGUCAGGACGCGGAAAGGGAGGAAAAGGGUUAGGAAAGGGCGGAGCAAAGCGUCACAGGAAGGUUCUCAGAGACAACAUUCAGGGGAUCACGAAGCCAGCGAUUCGAAGACUGGCUCGUAGAGGCGGAGUGAAGCGGAUCAGUGGGUUGAUAUACGAAGAGACACGUGGAGUGUUGAAGAUAUUUCUAGAGAAUGUUAUUAGAGAUGCUGUUACCUACACCGAGCAUGCCAGGAGGAAGACUGUUACUGCUAUGGACGUGGUUUAUGCGUUGAAGAGGCAGGGUAGGACUUUGUACGGAUUUGGCGGGUAAAUUGGGGAAUGGAAGUAGUUGUUUUAGGCUAUGUAUUUUGUUUUGUGUUGUGUUGAAUUUCAGUGAAUCCUAUCUCAGGGUUUGUGGGUAUUAUGAUGUUGUUUUGGACACUUUUAAUACAAGUUUCGGUUGCUGAAUUGAA